CCUAAUCUCUUUAACGGAGUCCUUGCAGCGUCCAGGGGGAAUAAUGGUAAUGCAAUGAAUUCAUUAGGAAACACGUCCAUGGGUACUAGCAUAAUUGACCGAAAUGCGAUAGCAAAUGGCGAAUGUCGUGAAUUAAUCGGUGGCAUUAAAUUUUCAGUUCAAGUCAAGGAAGAGGAUGGGCUCCAGAUCAUAAAUUCUGAUAAUGAUACUGUAGGGAUGAAAAAUAAGGAAUCUGCACUAGAAUUGUUUACUGUAAUAACACAAACGGUCAAGUUUAUAUCUCUAAUUGGUCGUUCCAUCUUGUCAGUUUCAGACUCUCUAAUAAAUCUUGGCUCGACUAGAGUUGUGGGCGACACAUUCGAUGGCUCAUUCACUGUGCGAAAUAUGUCUAGUCGUCUUCCGCUAGAUUACGUGGUUGAAUGUCACAGUGGUAAUAUCAGUUUGGACCGUUCUGGUGGCACGCUUGAAGGAUGGGAAUAUAAAUGCAAUUCAUAUGAUACUUCAAGUCAUAAUAUCAUGUCAUCUGAUAUUAAAGAAAUUACUUAUAAAAAUAAUAUCAAUGAUAAAUCUUCAGUUCUUAUUAAUUUUCAUGUUACAUCAUAUAAAUAUGGGCUUUUUCGCGACAAGAUUGUUGUUACAAACAAAAAUAAUGCG